AACCAUUUGAGAAUCAGUGUUCUAAAAAUAGCAAUCUGUUACAUACUGGGAUGCAUUUUAAAAUCAGUGCGUCGUAGAAAUUUUCCCAACGCCAUAACAACUUCUAAUGGUAUUUGGGCUUUGCCGAGUGGCGUUAGACAUCCGGUUUCCAUUAGCUUGAAACAUGAACUUUACAGAACGGUAUAUAAUGACCUCCAAAGGCUCAAAUGCAUCGACUCUUGUGACAGGGACAGUAACUGCUGGAUAAAGCUUUUUAAAUUUCUGCAACCAUUCGUAAGGAAAUGUCUGGGAAAUCUGUCUUGUGCUUCAGACUGCUACUAUCAUGUUUUCUGUUAAUUGUUGUGGAAUCGGGAACUACCCAAUACCCUCCCGACCUCCCUCCAGUGGUUGUUGUAUACAACAAAACUGUGACGGAUGGUCAGACGAUACAAGUCAACACAACCACCACUAGAGAUGUGGACAUUGCAUGUACAGUUGAAGGUGGUAGCCCAGCCGUGACCAAUGUCACAUUGACUUGUGAUGGUUCAUCCACGACCAGUAACGGAUACAGUGGAUUCUUUACUCUCACGUUUGGCAACAGCUCUCGAAAUGUGAGAUGUACAUGUUCUGCAGAUCACGUGACUGGACUAUACUCCAAAAAGACUUCAUUCACCUUCAUUACAGGCCCUUCAUACCCUCCCAGCCUCCCCCCAGUGGUUGUUGUAUACAACAAAACCGUGACGGCUGGUGAGACGAUACAACUCAACACAUCCAACACUAAAGUGAACAUUGAAUGUACAGUUGAAGGUGGUAACCCAGAAGUGUUCAGUGUUACCCUGGUGUGUGGUGAUAAAUCCAGCACCGUGUUGGGAAACAGCGGGAUGUUUACCCUCACCUACGGCAACCAAAAAAUUAUCCCAUGUGUUUGUUCUGCUUUUCACUUUUCCUUAUACAACAAGACAACGUCCUUCACCUUAAGCACAGUUAACAAUGCCAAAAACCAAAGUCUGGGCCCAUCUAUCGUUUGGAACAUCUCAUUGCUGGCACUUGUGAUCCUGGCAAAGACAGCCAUACUUUAAACUACAGCUGGGGUCAGGACAUCAAAUGUCUUAGGAGACAAUUGCUUGCAUAAUAAAUAAUCGAAUUAUUCCUUUGUAACACCAGUUGUAGAAUACUAUUUCGGUAGUGUUUUUAUUUAUUGUUUUACUACAUUGAGUACGCACAUACAAAAUUUCAGAUCUAUUAGAAUACAUUUUAAUAUAUUUUUACAUUUAAUAAAAUUGUCCAUGUAAUCGACAAUAAGCAACGCAUGCAUAUGGUAUAAUGCUACUUAUGUAAAGGUAUAUAGUAAUAAUAUUUUACUCCAAGUUUUAGUAAUCAAAAGCUUUAAAUUACAGAAACCUUUGUAUUUUAACGCUUAUCAUGUAAUUUUUACCCAAUAUUUUGGUCGGUAAUAUGCUUAAAAUCAAAUGUGUUUUUUGAGCAAAAUGUAUCUUCAUAUCGUUUACAUUUUACAGCAAUAAGACAAGAGUUUGAACAAAAUAUGUUUUAGAUUAUUUUAUAAAUCAAUGUUAUACCCCUCCCCAUUCCAUCCCCCAUGUUUCGUUUUGCGAUUAUGAACAAUUCACUCUACUAAAUUAAAAAAAAAAACACUUGAUGCUAGAAUUAAAAAACACAAACCAGUGUUCAGAAUAUUAAAUAAAGAAUAUACUUUUGUUUCCCUGGAACGAGGCCGGUCUUCACAUAGAUAUUUACAACGGAAAUCUCUGAGCAAUCUUAAAACGGAUUUGGUUUGAAACAUCAGCGAAGAAAUGUAUUAUUUUUAUAGGAUGCGAAGUUAAUAAAAUAAAAAUUAUAGCCUUUUAAAAAUUGAAACAUUUUGAAAGCUUUUUGAAGUGAGAGGAUUAGAGAGAAAGAAAAAAAAAGCAGGGAGAGAGGAUCUAUAUAUACCUCAAUAGUCUUGGAAAGCUGGUUCCAAAUGGUUGUUGCCAGUAAGCAUAUUAUUACAAAUAUUGAAUAUUGAUAUAACAUUUGUUACGCCAGGGUUCGAUUCAACUCAACAACUAUUCGUGACACAUAUAGUAUACUUUUAUUUGGACUCAAUUCUUCACAUAACAGAGUAGCCCUCGCCCUAACCGCUACCAACUAACCCUGACAACCAUUCACUCCAACUUUUAUACCGCAUUCGACCUUGGGAUAACAAUACAUAAACACACCGGGGUUAGCAAUACUCUAGGGUAAACUCAACUCACACACGCACUCUCCCCUAAUUCUAGAUUAUUCUAUCCUAUUUCUAUAUAACCUACAACUGACCCGUAACAUCAUUUGUGAAAUAUGUACAAAUUACUUUUAUUAGGCUAGAAAUAUGCAAACAAAUUAUUACAUGUAAUGUACUAGUAAUUUAAGGUAACCCUUUUUAAAUAAAUGGAUUAGUAUAGGUGGUGAUUGGGGAUGUGAUAUCAUUUAAUAUAUUAAUAAACCACAAGACUAUAUCCCAUUGUCCGCUAUUGUGUAUUUUAUCAUGGAAAACAAUUGUUGUGAUUUUGUUUACUUUCACUGGCCACUCCGGUUUACUUCAAGGAGGGGCCGAGUGCUUUUUUUUUUAAAAAUAUUUGAAAUAAUAAAAUAAUUAAAAAUGGCUUUUCAACGACUUAUAUUCAAACAAAAGUAAGAAAAUGAGUGUAAUCGCUUGCAUUCUAAAUGUUAGUAAAGGUAUACAAUAGAUAAUAUAGUGCCCCCCGCUUUAUUUAAAUAGUAUGUUUUAUUAUAUAUUUAUAGAAAAUCAUUUAUUUUCUCCUUUUUAGUGCAUUAUUACAUAAAAGCUUGUUAUUAAAACGUGUUUAAUUGAAUUUGUGUUAAUUACCUAUAAGUAAUGUAGUGUUCAGAGCGACCGAUGCAAGGGCAGCAAUCUCUGUAAAAAUAUUGACAGCAGCAGUUAAAACAGAGUUCUCUACAUUUGUAGUGCUACCAAAUAAAUAAAAAAAAACCAAUAAAUUA